AUGGUGAAAGAAGGCAAAAAGACGUUGCUGGAAAAGUGGGAGAUUCCCAUUAACCACCUGGACUUUGAUUACGUGAAACAGUGCACAAACCCAAAAGAAUUGGAGAAGAUUUACAAAAUCCUGCAAUCAGGAGAGGAAGGCUACUACCCAGAACUGACUAAAUGUACUGAAGAGCAUCUCCGUGCUCUAAAGCCAAACAGCAAGGUCUUUCGUACUGAAGCUCCUGUGCUGAAGAAGGAUCACCUGGAUCAAGAAACUUUCCAACAGAUUCGACAGAAUCUCACAAAGUUCUCCCUCAGUGCAAAGGAGAAGGAAAAGGAAGUUGAAGGAAACCCGAAGAAAUUAAAAAUUGAAUAUCCGGAAGUGAGACAGCCCAAAGCUCCUCCCCAGAAUGGAGGAAAGCUUGAUAAAAAUCCCGCAGAUCGAAUUAAAUCGCACGAGUAUGAGAAAUGGGAUAAAUACGAUGCAGAUGCUGAGAUGGUAAAAAUGGAUCUUCAGGAGGAAAUUCAAAAGGAACGAGCUGAGAGGCAGAAAUCCCAAAAGAAGGUGGUUAUUGAGGAAAUUGUCAAUCCCAUCUGGAACAAAAUGACCAAAAGUGAGAGAGAAGAGCUGGCUCUCAAGCACAAAAUCAAAGGUAAUGAAUAUUUCAAGACGAAAGACUUUGAAGAAGCUCAUCGAGAGUACAGCAAGUGCAUUGACAUUGAACCAUCUGCCAUUGCGUACAAUAAUCGUGCUAUUGCAAACAUAAAACUUGACCGAUUGAGAGAAGCCAUUGAGGAUUGCGAUGCAUGCCUCCGGGUUGAACCAAAAAAUCUCAAAGCUCUCAUGAGAAAAGCUCAAGCUCUCGAGUUGGAUGAUUGCAAGAGGUCUGCAUUGGAAGUUCUCCAGGAAAUUCUCAAAAUUGACCCCGAAAAUGCAGCUGCAAAGAAAUCCGCGGAAAAGCUGCGAAAGGAAAUUCCUUCACCACUCACUGGAGCUUUUCGCAUGAAAAUUGAAGAUAUCCCAGAAGAGCUUCCAGAAGAACUUUCAGAAGAGCUUCCAGAAGUGCAAGAUGUGGAUUUCUCAAAAUUAAUCAUUCCCAACCGAAUUGUUAAGAACAAAAUGGCCACAGUGGCGCAGAAUCUCGGGAAAAUAUGUGGGAAAGCUCCCGAAAAAUGGAAGGAAGGUCAUGUGAAGCGUGAUAAGAAUGCUGAUAUUGUUCUCACACCGCUCCGUGCAGAAGACGCGUGUGAAUCACGUGGGGCUUUCAUUGAAGAAAUCUUUGAUUAA